UAUCAUUCAAUGUUAUUGUUUAUAAAAUGAACUAAUAAAGUCAUUCCCAAAGACAGAGAGUUGGUUAUUCCAUUUGGUCAUAUUUUAUUUUUGUUAAGUCCAGCAAAGUUAUUGCGGCGACAUGCCGGAGCGGUGGCUGGGCUGUGUGGUGUCGGUCGAUUGUGGUCCUGUCGAAGGCAUCUACCAGGGCCAGAUCGCGAAGGUCGAUGGGAAGGCCCAGACAAUAACACUGAAGAAGGUGUUCCAAAAUGGAGUGCCAUCUUCAUUGCCAGAAGUGACUCUGCAUGCGAGCAACAUAACCAGCCUGGACAUCAUCCACACAGCGGAGGACGCGGCCGAGUGCAAAGGCCAGACGGCGAGCGUGGUGGCGAUCACGAAGCCGGCGGUGAAGCGGCCGGGCCGCUCCAUCAGCGAGAGCCACGCCCCGAGCAAGGGCCAGCAGAGGGAGUCCCCGCGCAAGGGGGGUGACCUGGAGGCGGGCAGCAGAGCAGCAGUUUCUGAAGCUAUGAGGACACCAAGCAAGAAAGAUAGAAAUCGACAGAAAUUGAAUGAAAGAGAUGAAGCGUGCUUCGGAACACCUAUAGACAAUAUUCCACAUCAAGAUUUUGAUUUUGAAAAGAAUCUCGCAUUAUUCAAUAAACAAGCCGUGUACGACGAGAUAAAUGCCUCUCAGAGGCCGGAUGUGGUGCGCCACACAGAUGCUUCACGGAGGCAGCAGAAGUUUCGACAUGAUGAGAACGUUAUUUCCAGUAUCCCAGCUGCCUGUAGACAGGUCAUCGUUCCAGAGCCUGACGUCAAAGAAUAUGUUACUGAUGACGGGCUGGUGAUCCCCAGCGUGAUGCCGGAGCUGAGACGCCACAUCAUGCUCGUGGCGGAGCGCUACGGGCUCAGCGCUGAGCGGCAGACCGAGCUCAUGGGCCGAGCCGCGACGGAGAUGGCGCUGCAGCUGCUGGGAGGUGGCCACAGGCUGAACCCUCGCAACUCGCACCAGUGGCCGACGGUGGUGGCGCUGUGCGGGCCGCACCGCCAGGGCGCCACGGGACUGAACUGCGCCCGCCAGCUGGCCAGCCACGGCGUGCGCACGCUCGUGUUCCUCCUCGACACGGCCUGCGCCACACAGCAGCUCAAGCAGGAGCUGGAGUUGUACCGCCUCACCGGCAACAAGCUGAUCUCCAAGAUCGCCGACCUGCCGCUGGGCUCGGUGGACCUGAUAGUCCUGGCGCUGGCGGACGACGGCGGCGGCGGGCCGGGCCACGCCCUGUACCACCGGGCCGCCUCGUGGGCCAACGACAGCCGGGCCCCGGUGCUCGCCCUGGACCCCCCGCCGGCCGGCACCCCGGGAGUGGACACCAAGCUGUCGCUGCUGUCCUUCCUGCCCCUGGCCCACGCCCCCCACAACGGCCGCCUCUACCUCUGCAACCUGGCGUGCCCGCAGCAGGUGUUCGAGGCGACCGGGGUCAAGUACGCCUCCCCCUUCGGCCCCAAGUUCGUGAUCCCGCUGCACCUCAACACCUGAGCUCGCCUGCAGCCGGUCACACCUGUCUCGCUGUACUGAGUAGUUGCAACCACACCAAUUACAGCAGUCAUUCUGCUUUAAGUUCUUGCACAGUUUUGAUUUAUUUGUGUGUUUUAACUCUCUUAUAUAUUUUAAUUCAGUCUUAGGUUAUACGAAGAUCCGAUCUAACUUGAGGUACUACCGUACUUUUAAUGUAGUUUCAUUUUUUUUAUCAGUGGUACAGUACCACUUAAGUCACGUAUUACAAUUGUUAAACAUUGUAAAUCAAUCAAACGAUAAACUUUGAAAAGAGUUUUUAAAAAAAAAAAAUAGGGACCCAUCGUACAAAGUUCUUGGGUUGUGUGGACGCUUGCGAUUUCUUGUCGCUGCAACUUAAAAUUUCUUUCUGCAGUAGUGUUUAGUGUAGUGUGCAGUGUAACUGAUAAACCUCUGAUUCUUUAAUAGUACUGAAAUGGAUUUUUAUGAAACCACAUUCUUCGUCCUUCUUUUGCUCCAUGUAGAAGCAAAACUACAUAAAGACUGCUAUUGAGUGCAUCUGAUAUCAAGCGUAAAGAUAAUGAAAGGUCAAUUUUACAAGGUAUUCAAAUAUUUUUGAGAUAUCGUUGUGAAUUCUUCUGGUGUUACCAAAAGAGUAAAAAAUUUUAAUUAAAAAUAUUUAAAAUAAAAAUAUUUUAUAAAUUAAAAAAUUAAGUUACAAAAACAUAAUCAAUUAUGUCUUAUUACUAUCAGUUAUCACACCUAAAUAGCUAUCCCAGCAGCAAAACUAUGACUGAACAAUUGCUAAUGUACAAAGUUGCAUGCAUGUCCAUUUGACUUCUUGACUCAUUCACUCUAGUGACAAUUUUUUCACAAUGAAAAUGGGUCUGAUUGCAUCUGAUCUUUUUAAUUGCAGCAAUUAUAUAGUCACACAUUCAUGCAUUCACAUUAAAAACUAGUGCUUCAUUGUAGCACAAGUGGAUGCCCAGCCGUCGGGCUUAAAUUUGUGUGUAUGUAUUUGUUUUGUACAUUAAUAUAAUUUAUUUUUUAUCUAGUAGCUAUUGUAAUUUUUCGUGUAUUUUCAAUGUAAUCAAAUGUAGUCGCUUGUGCCUAGUAAAUUGUUGUGGCUAAGAAAAUUUUAAUUUUGUGGGAAUUUUAUUGUUACAAAAAUGUUAAAAAAAUAUGUUUUAAAAUUGGAAUGUAUAGUUAGUAACAAGAUAAAAAUAAAAUUUUCAUAUAGAGUACUUAAAUAAUGAUGUGAAAUUAAAUAAACUGUAAUUUUUAUUAUAUUUUACUACAAAAACACAUAAUCUUGCGAGAAAUUAAAUUGUUUGAUUGUCAAUGUUUACAUGCUUUUUGUCAUAUGUGUAUAUAAUAAGAAGGUACAUUUUAGUGAAUAAUAGUGUGUAUAGCAUUAUAUUUUAGCAUUGCUGGGUAAAAAAAUUACUGUAGUAGUGGUGGUGUACAAUUUAUGCUUCAACUAGUCUUAUAGCUUUUGCCAAAUUAGCAAUAUUUACAUAAACCAUUUUGUUAGUUACUUAAUGUUUCUCUUCAUUGUAUACUUAAUUCAGCUUAAGUAUUUUUUUAGAUUAAAAAAACAAAUAUUCUGCAGUGUUUUUGCAGCUGUUUAGUAUUUCUGAAGGUCAGUCUUUGCAAGUAGCUGUAGUGCUUGCUCUGUGAUGUGACUGGAUUUUAUGAACAUAUUUGUGUGAUAUAUUAUAGUUUUUUGAAACUAAAAAUAUAUUUAUUCAUAGUGUUUACAUAUUUAUUUAAUAUUCCAUAUUAACUCUUAUUAACUGUGGAUAUGUAAGUGAUUAAUGUGUUGUAAUUUUGUAGUAGUUAAACCUAAAUGUUUGUACAUUUGUUAAAACUACCGUGAGAAGGGUCAUUGUAUGGGUCGCACCCUUGAUUUUGGGCAAAAAAAUUAACAUUUUCACCGUAAGGGUCGCCACUGUGUAUGGGUCGCAGCACCAGAGUUCCGUGGAUACAAGUGAAGUGUUCCUUAUCUCAGCUUAUUGGUGCAUAAGAAAUACAACAUCGGCGUUGACCCUCAGCUCUUCUUUGUCUGUUUACUAACAGACUAACAGACCAACAAGUUUUAGUAACAGGUAACAAGAUAAAAGAGAAGACUGCUAUUUUUUAUACCCUUAUUUUCCUUUCCUCCAUUUUUUUUUAACGUGGAGCGAGAAGAGGCGAACAGCUACUUUUGUCAGUCAUGGUUUACCUAGUUUACCGCGAGGCUAGAGGAGUGUAAAAGCUGCUCUUAUAAACACCAGUGAUGGCUGCAGUUUUUUCAUGGUAUGUUCAGUAGAAAGCGUGGGAAAUCUCAUUCAAAAACAAUAAUGAUUGAUUGGACACAAUUACGUCAUGAACAUCUGUCAAGAUAAGACACGUUAAUUGUGUGGGUGCCAGUUCGUCCAUAUGGCCUCACGCACACGCGCACACCUCUUGCUCCCAUUCCCGCUGGUGGUUUAUUUUUAGAUUUUCCCUUCCUCUCCUCUACCUCACAGGACAGCAGACGCAUCACUUGACUGCACUGCAACCAGUCGGAAGGCAGACACGUCACACGUGCAAUAACUGCGCUGUACACGUAACUUCACGCGACUGCUGAGAUAUCUUGAUUAAACAAUUUAUAUUUACUCGUGGAGUUAUAUUUAUUAACAACCAACAUAGGUUAGUUAUUUACUUACAUAUUCAACCACACAAUAUAAUAUUAUUUUUUAGCCAAAAAUGCGCAUAUGGGUAGCAUUACAUUUCUUAUACUAAAAAUUAGCUUAAAAUAUACGACCCAUACUAGGGUAAUCACGGUACAUAUUUACAGCAGUGAGUCACAGCAAUGGAGUUCUUAAUAAUUUAGUUCUGUGUAUCAUAAGUUUGAAGAAGUGAAUCCUGAUACUGGGUGGAAAAUGGGGAUAAUUAAGAGUAUAAUGUAUGUUGUAUUAAUUUUAUAUUAGAAUAAUAUAUGAAUUUACCUGUAAUGAAGAAGUAUUGUAAGAAUAAAUAAUAAAUACAUAAACUAAAUGCCUUACAAAGUCAACCUGAAUGAACUGAUUUUAUGUUUUUUACUUGCCAAUGAUUGGGAUGAUUUUUUUUUCCAUUAUAUGUUUUUGUUGUAAUCUUAUCAAAUUCAUAAAGAGCCAAAAAAAAUAUUAUUGCCAUACGGGAAAUUCUAUUUUUAACACAGGCCUAUCUUAGGGUCUAAUUAACAGUUAUAAUAUGACUUAGUGCCGUGACCAUGUGGCAGAUUAUCAAAUGAAUGCAUUGACAGGACCGAACAGCUAGAUGCUUGUGUACUAACUGGCCUGUCAAGAGUGUUGUUGGGAGGUUACAGUCAGUAUUGAAUGUUAUCUACUGAAGGUCGGUGGCCAGUAGGAUGUGGCUGGAACUUGAAUUCCAUCCGCUCGCAUGUGCACUGAAUACAUCCACACCACUUCUCUCCAGUUGCCUUUAUAUUCCUUUCUACUCCAUCUAGUUGCUUAUAUAUUCCUGUCUACUCCAUCCACUUGCCUUUACAUUCCUGUCCACUCCCUCCAGUUGUCUUUGCAUUCCUGUCUAUUCCCUCCAGUUGCCUUUACAUUUCUGUCUACUUCCUCUGAUGCUAUCCAUUCUAUGCUGCAGGUAUUGCCCGCCCUACAUUUCACAACCCCUAAAACCUUUCAUGACAAUACUGUUGAUCUCUUUCUGCGGUUUCCCUAGAAGAAAAUUUUUUACUUUUUGGAAUAGUGAGAAAAUCUUGGUAAAUUAUGACCAUGCAUAGUCAAUUAAAAUGCCACGAAAUAUUCUAGAGUAGAAUUUUAACUGCCAAUAAAAGUACCAAAUGUAAAUCAGUGUGGGGCUUUAAAAAUAUCUAUUCUUUUAAAUGAAAAUUUCUGUUGUAAUGAGAUUUCACUGAACUGAUUUUAAACACUGAACUGGUGUUGAUACUUAAACCAUAUUUCGUACUACAAGCACCAACCAAAUAUUCCCUCAUUAUUUAGUCGACUAGUAUCCGUAUCAAGUAAAACUUUAUGCACUUGGCUGUUGUAUUGCAGAUUAUAUUCAUUUCCUAGCUAAAUUUGUUUGAAGUUGACAUAAUUUCCACCGCCUAAAAUAAUUUCCUAGUUUUUUUAACUCGGGAUCACGCAUGACUUACAUGAUUCUCGCCACCCCCUCCACCUACCAACAGCUGCGAGGGAAAGUUGCUCUAAUGAGCGCUCUGUCCGUGCAAUUCUCCUUUAUGCUGGUACUGCCAGUGCACUGCAUGUUGCUGCUGUUGCUAGGCCAACCAUCAGCAGUUUGCUCCCUCUCAUAUUCUCUUUCUACAAAACAAAAGAACUUCCGCUGAAGGCUGUAGCACUCGUGCUAAAGGCCCUACCACACUGUCAAAUUUUUGCUUCCAAGAGCUUUGUUGAGCAAUGAUAGAGUUCUAUUACAAGCCACAAUUUUUUGUAAUUUUAUUUUUAUUAUUUUUAUAGUUAUUUUGUAUUUCUAUUUCAUUUUAUAAGAUUUUUCUGAUAUUAAGGAAAACGAGUACUAUCAUGGACGAACUUCUUUCUCCUUGGCGUCUAGCGAAGCCUUCCUUCUCUUGCGAUUGUUAGUGAGCAUCCCACAUCCCACAUAAAAGAAAUAAAUAAUUUUUACCUCAACACAACACGUGGCAACAACUGUUGGCAAGAAUUGAGACUACUUGCUACAUGUUCUUUUGCAUGAGAUAAAUUAACUGUCGCCGCUGAACGGUGCCAAAGACAAAAGUCAUGUAGCCUCAUAGACUAAGUAGUCUCGUAAACUUGUAUCUAUAUAAUCUCGUAGCCAAGUAGCCAGUUGAAGCCUUGUAGUCUUGUAGUCCUGUAGUCUCAUAGCUUCGUAGCCCCCUAGUCUUGUAGCCAAAAAGCAGAUAGGCCUAAGACUAUUUGGAGCCAAAUACUUUUGAUGCCAUUGACUGUUGGAGCCAAUGUCCGUUGGGGUCAAAGACCAUUGGAGCCAAAUGAUAGUUGGAGGCAUUAUAUCCUGUUGUAAAAUAUACGAUCGCAUCCUACUGAGUUGAAUGUGCUUGAAAAUGUGCUUCCAUUUACGUGAAUUUGCGUUCAAAUGUGCAUUAUUUUCGUUAAAUGCUUGACCUGUGUAUACAUUACGUUUUCGGUGUGAUCAUUACGUGUUCAGUGUGUACAUUGCGUGUUCAUUACACGUUCAGUUUGUGCAUUACGUGGUCAUUGCAUGACCAUUCCGUGUACAUUGCGUGACCAUUACAUGUAUUUCUUGUGCAUUGUGUGUUUAUUACCUGUUCAGUGUGUACAUUGCCUGUUCAUUAGGUGUUCGGUGUGUACAUUGUGUGUCCAUUCCGUGUGCAUUGCAUAUCAAUUGCACGUUAGAGCACUUGGAGCUGAUGGAGCUGUUGGAGCUGUUGCACAAUUGGAGCAUUUGUAGCAAAUGAAGCAUUUGGAGCAAAUGGUGCUUGGAGCCUAUCGCAUAUUGGCGAGAUAAUAUUCCUGUGACAAGAUUGUAUCACACCACGUUGAAUUUUCGUCCAUAUGUGCUUCCUUUUUGAUGACCAAUGAGAAUCAAUGUCUGUACUGAGGACAUGAUUGGUUUCAUGGUUUGCAGACGAGUGAUAUAUUGGUGUGACAUUGAACCUGAUCUGUUUAAAAUGUUGGUCUCAUAUUGUUGUAUAUUACCUCUUGGUUCGGAGACGCUUGGUCUAUGUGCACAGAGUAUCAACGAAAAAUAUAUUUUGGCUACUGACUGGAUGUGUUUGACCACCUACUGGAUGCACCUUAAUGUCAAUUACGUGCCGGGCCACGGACUGAAUGUGCCCUGUUGCUGACUGGACAUUUCGGCCACAAACUAAAUGCACCUGGACGCAGAUUACGUGCCUGACUACGGAAUAGAAAGGCUUAACUAGCAACUGGAUACGUCUUGUCACCUACUGGAUGUGCUUUUUUGGCCACUGAAUAUACGUGUCUGGCCUCAGACUGGAGGUGUCUAGCCAACAACUACUGGAUAUGCUUGGCCACUAACUGAUCUUGUUGGUCUGACCUCUAUCUGGAAGUGCCUAACCAACAUACUGAAUAUGGCUCAACACUAAAUCAUGCCAACUACUGGACACGUCUUGCCACCGAAUGGAUGUGCCUGGCCACCUAUUACGUGUCCGGCUACUGAAUAGACAUGCCUGGUUAAUCAACUGAUAUGUAUAACUGACUUCAAAACACAUGAGAAGGCAUGCAAAGGACUCGCUUCGCCUUAUAAGAAGACUAUAAAUCGAGAAAUGCUAGUGAUCUGUUUGUUUUUGUUCUUGUUGUAGUGUAGAAUUUUUGUAACAAAAUUUAUUUUGUAAAAGAA